AUCCGAGGACGGUGAGGGAGGAGGAGGAGGGACGUACAGUCCUCCGUGCGCGUGACCCAGGAGCAGGGUUCAUAAGGUUAGCGCUCGCCAGAUCAGAUCGGUUCAUCUCCUCGAAGCUCUGAAUUGGCUCUAAAUGACUGGAAUGCAUGAUUACGAUGCCCAAGGAUGCAACUACGGUUCCUGAUCAGUCGCACAUUCAAGGCCAUCGCCGGGGCUCGUCGAGUCAUCGUCAACCUCUUCAAUGCAACAUCACCGUGUUUCCGGGAAGUCGUGUUUCGCAAGAGCAAGGAAGAGAUCAUCGAUUUGGCGGUGCGGCAUACGAUCAUCGUGCGCCAGCUCGUGGACGAGUAUGGCGACCGCUAUGGCACCCGAUUUCGGUUUGCCUACGGCGUCGAAGCCUUCACCCAGACAGAGCCAGAGUACAUCAUCGAAAUCUGCAGCGCUGCAAAGCGUACGUGGGGAUUAGCUGGACCAGGUGACGACCGCAUCAUACUCAACCUACCGUCUACUGUCGAAGCGGGCCCUCCCAACCACUUCGCGGACCAGGUGAAUAUAUAUUCUUGUUCUUCGUGCCUCUCCUGAGUACUUCUGCAAGCACAUCCCGGACAGAGACGAGGUCAUAGUCGGCCUCCACUGUCACAACGACAGAGGCACGGCCGUCGCUGCGACAGAACUC